GUGAACACCACGCGCCCCUCCGAGUUCCCGUCCGCUAGUCAAUCCCCGUGGUCGCUCCCCUCGCGCGCGCCCUCACCCCGUGACCCGCCACGAUGUUGUCCGGAAUUCUCAUCUUCAACCAAAAGGGCGAGAACCUCAUCUUCCGCGCCUUUCGCAAUGAUUGUAGGCCCAGACUUGCCGACGUCUUCCGGAUUCAAGUGAUCUCGAACUCGCAAGUCCGGUCGCCCAUCUUGACCCUCGGGAGCACCACCUUCAGCCAUGUGAAGCAUGAAAACAUUUACCUUGUUGCCAUUACCAAGAGCAAUGCGAAUGCUGCGCUGGUCUUUGAGUUCCUCUAUCGCUUAAUUGCGUUGGGACGGGGCUACUUUGGCAAGUUUGAUGAGGAGGCUGUCAAGAACAACUUCGUGCUUGUCUAUGAGCUGCUCGACGAGAUCAUUGACUUUGGCUACCCUCAAAACACCGAGACCGAUACCCUCAAGAUGUACAUCACCACCGAAGGCGUCAAGACAGAACGGGCUGCUGAAGACUCGGCCAAGAUUACAAUGCAGGCAACAGGCGCGCUCUCGUGGCGCAAGGCAGAUGUUAAGUACAGAAAGAACGAGGCCUUUGUCGACGUGAUCGAAGACGUCAACCUCCUCAUGUCUGCCACGGGAGCCGUCCUCCGCGCCGACGUCACUGGUCAGAUUGUCAUGCGCGCCUACCUCUCCGGUACCCCAGAGUGCAAGUUCGGCCUCAACGAUCGGUUACUUCUCGAUAACGACGGGCUCCUGAGUCUACCGAGCGGAAACAGGAUGGGAACCAAGGCCACCAAGGCCGCCGCGGGCAGCGUCACCCUCGAAGACUGCCAGUUCCACCAGUGCGUCAAGCUCGGCAAGUUCGACAGCGACCGCAUCAUCUCCUUCGUCCCGCCCGACGGUGAGUUCGAGCUCAUGCGCUACCGCGCCACCGAGAACGUCAACCUCCCCUUCAAGAUCCACGCCAUCGUCAACGAGGUCGGCCGCACAAAGGUCGAAUACAGCAUCGGCAUCAAGGCAAACUUUGGCGCAAAGCUCUUCGCCACCAACGUCGUCGUCCGCAUCCCUACACCGCUCAACACUGCUAAGAUCACGGAACGGUGCACCCAGGGCAAGGCAAAAUACGAGCCCAGCGAGAACAACAUUGUGUGGAAAAUUGGGCGGUUUACGGGACAGAGCGAGUUUGUUCUGAGUGCCGAGGCCAUCUUGACGAGCAUGACCAACCAGCGCGCCUGGUCGCGCCCGCCUCUGAGCCUCAACUUUAGUUUGUUGAUGUUUACGAGUUCAGGCCUUUUGGUUAGAUACCUGAAGGUGUUUGAAAAGAGUAACUACUCGAGCGUCAAGUGGGUGCGGUACAUGACGAGGGCGGGUUCCUAUGAGAUACGUUUCUAGCGAGGUAAUUAUACGUGUAUGUGUGGUCUUGAGCUUGCGUGGUAUAUGCAUAGUAUGGCGUCAAAAGGUAUUCCCAGUAGAGAAAAACUGGUGGGCUUCAGCACGUUUUGUCAAUGUUUACGGCGGCCACAUUGUUGUCAAUACAGUCUCUUCUUCCAGAGAUUAUAGUAAUGCAAGGUGUC